CACCAACGAAUGAAAAAAAGUUAGAAGAGAAAAUUUGCAGCUAUUAAAGUAAGAUUUCGCUUUAGUUACAGGCUAAUCCUUGAUGUCAUCUGUACAUUCUUGUGAAAAGGCGAACGUUUAGUUAAUCAAGGCUUAUCAUUGUGCGUCUUCAACAUUGAUACCAGGAAGUGCUACGUGUCUGUGUAUGGCUGUGACUCAUCAGAUCUUCAGGAGAUUUCUCCCAUGUACACCUUUAGCCAGUAGAACGUCACAAGUCUUUCACUUUCAGAGACUAGUUGGGCCCACAGGUACAUUGGUAGGAACUGUGCUAAACAUGGCUGGAAAAAGACCAAGUAGUGACAUGGCAGCUUUCCGAGAACAUUUUGGCAAAGCUAAGCAUAUCGUCUGCCUGUCUGGUGCCGGAGUCAGUGCUGAUAGUGGUGUGCCAACCUUCAGGGGGGCUGGAGGUUACUGGAGGAAAUGGCAAGCACAGCGACUUGCCACACCAGAGGCCUUUGAAGCGGACCCGUCAUUGGUCUGGGAAUUCUACCAUUACCGGCGUGAGGUCAUGAAAUCAAAGUUCCCCAAUGCCGGUCAUGUCGCUAUAGCUGAGUGCGAGAAAAGAUUAGCAAAACAGGGCCGAAGGGUUGUCGUCAUCACGCAGAACAUUGAUGAAUUACACAAGCGAAGUGGAUCUGAAAACAUCAUUGAAUUACACGGUAAUUUGUUCAAAACCCGAUGCAUAAAGUGUCGCCAUGUAGAGUUCAACUAUGACAGUCCGAUUUGUGCUGCGUUAGACGGCAAAGGGGCCCCAGAUCCUGAUGCUGUGAAUGCUAUGAUUCCUGCCGAGGAGCUGCCACGGUGUAAGAAGGAUGCCUGCAACGGCUUGUUACGUCCCCAUGUGGUGUGGUUCGGGGAAGGUCUUGAUCACGAGGUCCUUGAGAAGACGGACGAGGAGUUGAGCAAGUGUGAUUUGUGCCUUGUGAUCGGCACAUCAUCUGUCGUGUAUCCUGCUGCCAUGUACGCACCAUCGGUUGCAAGACGUGGUGUUCCUGUUGCUGAAUUCAAUAUGGAGGAGACAGCCGCAACAGAAGCUUUUGGGUUUCAUUUCAAAGGCCCAUCAGCACAGACCCUUCCUGAAGCCUUGGCUCGACAUGAGAGUGAACCAUCUGAUUAGUGCUGACAGAAUUUCUGUAUUUUUGCAAAUAUUUAGGAAAUGAACUUGCCUCAGAACAAUGAUUGCCAGCCAUAUUUAUCUGUACAUAUGUAAAUGCUUCAAAAUAAAU